UCGGGCUUAAUUUACUCUUUUGACAGCCUUGCCUUGCUUUUUCCCUUUCUAGUGGUGCUUGUACUCACUUGGAAGCAUAUACAACAAUUUCUCAGAUGUUAGGAGGCACUGAUCGUCUGAGGCUGUGUGCAUAGGGGUUUUUCCUAAGGCACUUACAGCAACAGGUGCCAUAUUUUUUGCUUCCCUGUGGGGGGUCCUGACACAAACAAGUUUUAUCGGGACUCUUACAGGAAAGGCACAGAGAGACAGCGUGGUGCUUUCCAUCGGAAAACUAUUCCAGACAAGGAAAUUGGCUGUUAGUGUAUGAGAGACAUGGAAGCGCGGUCCUCCACCAUCACGACUACCAUAGUCGAGAGCAAGAAUGAUGUGAGUGCACAGCCCUUACGUUUGUCCAAACGCACAAUGACCGAUGACCUUUACAGCACAUUCAGCUCCCCAAUGGCCUGGGUUCUGGUGCUGGCUCUCAUCAUAACCUGGUCGGCCGUGGCUGUCAUUAUGUUUGACCUGUUGGACACCAAAGGCCUUGAAGUCCAUACAUUACACUGUGACGACCCCUGUUUACCACCUGGACCUCAGUCGCAUCGUGUCAGGAAAACAUUAAAGGAGGCAGGCAGCCUUAGAGGGGGUAUACAGCACAUCAGCCCUGAUCCAAUGAAGGUGGUGAACGAGGCCAUGGAUGACUCCGAUUGGAUAACGUCAAUCUUGACUUUUAUGACUAAUUUGGUAGCACCGGAAGAGGAGGAGGAUGAAGGUGAGCAUCAUUCAGUGAGGAGAAAAGGAGAAUUCUUACCAUCGAGGAAAAAAGUUGCAGAGAUACGGGCCAAGGAGAUCAUAGAAGAGGAAGGGGGGGAGGAGGAGGAGGAAGAAGAAGAAGAGAUGGUUGGUGAUGAAGAGUUGGAGAUUGAUGAGGAAGAAGAGGAAGAGAUUGAAGAGGAUGAGGAGGAAGAAGAGGACGAGGAAUAUGAGGAGGAGGAGGAUGAAGAAGAAGAGGAGAAGGUGGUUGAGGAGAAAGAGGAAGAGAUGGAGGAGGAAGAGGCUGAGGAAGUGGAGGAGGACAUGGAGGAAAGAGGAGGGGUGGAAGCAGAUGAGAAGGAUGAGGAGGAAAAAGAAUCUGUUGAGGUUGCUGAAGAAGAGGAGGAGGAAGAAGAGGAAAGGGAAGAGGAGGAAGGAAAGGAGAAAGAAGAAGAGGAUGAAGAGGACGAUGCAAAGAAGGAAGGAAAGGAAGAUGUGGAGGAAAUCACAGAUUCAGAGGAAACCCAGAAGAAAAAGGAGAAGAUAGAUGCUGAAAAAGCUGCAGAGAAAGCUAAGGAAGAGGAGAAAGAGAAAGCUGAUGAAGAAGCUUUUGCAGGAAAAGAGAAAGAAGAUAAGGUAGCUCCUGCUCCUGCUUUCGAAAAGGAAGAUGCCUCCAUCCCUGCUGAACCUGACGAGAAGGAAGAAGCUGCAGAACAACUCGCUUCUAAGGAAGUUGAGGCAGCUGAAGUUGAUGAGAAAGACAAACCCGAUGCAGAUGAGGAGGUUUCUACAACCACUGCUGUUGAUAAAACACUAGAUACUGACGAUGAUCAGGAUAAUGAACCAAGCAAAGCAGAAGAGAAAGAUGAAGAUGACACCAAAGAUGACACUGACUUCACCCCACUGUUGCCCAAAGAAGACGACGAUGAUGAAACACCUGAUGCAGUUGUCAAAGAAGUAGAGGAUGUUCUUGAGAGUGGGGUGGAGAUAGCGGCAGGUCGCGAAGAACCACCCUUGGCACCUGAAGAAGAAGAUAAAAUCACUCCUGCUCAGGCUUCCGUUAUAGAUGACGUAGACACUACAGAUAGUGACCAAAAAGAUGACCAAAGUGAGGACAAAGAGUUGGAUGGCGAUGAUGAUGAUAUCAAUGUUGUGCUUGGUAUUGUAGCCGGUGCUGGUGCUAUAGUCACUGAUGUUGAAGCACAAGAAACUGGUGAGGAAUCUAUACUUCUUAAAGUUGAUGCUGAUAAAGAGAUACUAACAGCCGUAAAGGAGAGUGCUGCUAAAGCUUAUGACACAGUAGCUGAUUUAGCUGACUCACAAGAUGGCUUGACCGCUGCUGAUAUUCCACUUGAUGACAAAGAUUAUAAGAUACCUAAAGAGCUAGCUUACAGUGCUGAUGUUGUCCUUGAACUUGACAUACCUGAUUCAGAUGUUCAUGAUGACAAGGGUACAGCAGACAGUCUUAAAGUUGAUGAUGAUAUUAUAGUAACAACACCUGUAGUUAGUUCCAAACAAGACGAAGAGGAGACAACAGUGGUGGCUGAUAAAGAUGACGACUCAACACCUAAGACAGACUCAGAAACACUGCAGGAAGAGGAAACAGAAGAAAAGGAAGAGAUUGCCAAGGAAGAAGAAAUAGUUGAAAAAGAACCACAACCAAAAACAGUCCCUAAAGCGGCAGUUGAGAAAGUGAAGGAAAAGCAGAAGGUCGAGAUACCUGUGAAAACAGUAGAUGUUGAGAAAGAAGACAAACAAAAAGAGCCCUCUACCUGUCCUUGUAUGCAUUCGCAAAUACCCAAAGAGCCUCAAAAAGCCCAAGACACUAAACCUAAGGAAGACAAAGCUGAACCUGGUAAAGUGAAGAAAAGAGGUGCUGAGAUCAAGAGAAGGGAGCCCCUGCUUAAACAGAGAAAAGACAUUUUUCCAACAGAAAAAGAGGCUCCAAUAAGAACAAGACAAGAGAAAGCAAAGAAAGCAAAAAGAGCAAAGGCAUUGGCUGUCGACAUCCCCAAAAAGAGAAGAUCUACAGCCGCUGAGGAAGUCCAAGUAUCGGCUGCACCAGCCCCUGUGCAAGAUCUUCCAAUGUGCCGUCCAACACCUGUGUAUUGUCCAGCGCCCCCUGGCUGGUAUGUGCAUCAUAUAGUUACAAGCAGUCCAUUACCACCAUCAGCUAUUCCAGAAUCAGAGGUUCCUUUUUUAACAACUUAUCAAGCUCCUACUGUACUGAAAGAACCUGAAGCUGCUAAAGCAAAGCCAAAAGAAACCACAAAAAGGAAAGAACCAACUGCACCAAAAGAAAAAGCCAAAUCAGCUAGUGUGAAGAAGGAACCUGCUGUAACUAAAGACAAAGUAAAACCUUCAGCUGCAAAGAAAGAGACAGUGAUCACUAAAGGGAAGGCAAAACCUACCUCUGCUAAGAAAGAAAUGAAGUCACCAACCUCAAAGAAAGAGGAGACAUUUGUAAAGGCAGUGAAGCCCAUUGCAGAAGUCAAGAAGAAGGCCGCAUCGACACCAAAAACCAAACAAGCAAUUAAAGUUACUGAUACCAAAACUAAAACGGAAUCUGUUGAAGAAACACCUGUUCCAGCUGAUGAGAAAACAGCUGAAGAAGAGAAACCAGCUGAGGCACCAGCACCAGCAAAAGAACUGAAAGCUGAGGAAAAUGUCACAGAGGGCAAAAAAAACAGGCAAGAUACCAUACUUCCAGUGUGUUUUAAUGAGUUCAAAAUCCAGCCAGUAUCCACUACGGCCCAUGUCUCCUGCUAUGAGCCCUGCCAUUAACCCUACCCUGAUGAGAGCCAUGAUGGAGCAGAGGGCCGCAUUACUUCAGCAGAAAGCCCGUGCAGCAGGCCAGUAACUGGGUGACACACCCCAUCCAACCUGGCCAGGUGCAGACAGUGCUGCUGGGCUCUCAAGAGCUAUCCUCCUAAAUAGUCACUACUUUUAGACUUUUAAAAAUACCAAAGGAGCCAUCCAAUCCUUUUACUAACCUCUUUAUUCCUUUAUAAAUAGCUUUUGAAUAUAAUCACACUUUAUUUUGCAAAAGUGUGUUAAAUGAUAUGCAGUUAAAUCAAACUUAUAUUACAGUGCUUGUAAGGCAGCACUAUAUUGAUAUUGCUCAGACAUUCUGUAUUAGAUUUGUUCUAAACUCCUAGACCGUAAUGUUUUAAAAGCUCUCAUUUACUUCUUGAUAACUGACAGCGAUGACGUUAUUGUAAUAUUUGCAUAUGAAUUGUUAUUGGACUUCUUAGGUCAAUAUGCAUAUUUUUUUGUGAUUGGACUUCUUUUCUUGCAUCCAUUUAAAAAUCUAAGACCGCAUUUACACACUGCAAAGAUGGUGUAGUGUUCUGUUUGUCACAGUCAACAUGAUGCUUGCUGAGUGUCAUGAUAACAACAAAGCGGUUCUAAUGCAGAAUUUAAUUUACCACAAAUCAAAACCUGAAACCUGAAUUUACCUCAAAUUUAAAUAUUUUUUUUUUUUUCUGCCUUGCAAGCAUUGGUAUUUCCUUCUGGAAUUGCAAAUCUAGUUGCAAAUUUUAACACCUGUCAAAAAAAUUGUGUUACUGGGUAGAUUCACAUUUAUUUAGCUUAUUUAUUCAAGAUCUUAAAUAAUCUGUUUACAUUUGUUGUAAGGAAGAUGCUGCUGUUUUUUCUUAUUGUACAUAAGACUACUCAGCCAUGAAAAAAGUUUAAAACUUGGUAAAUAAUUAAGUAUUGCUCUAAAUAUUCAGAUAUUUAUUUUUCUAUGUCAGAGUAUACAAUCUCAUUAGGAACAGAAAUCUGGCAACAUGCAUUCACUAAGGUCCUUAGCCUAUCUCUUGGCACAGGCCAUUUCCUUUUACUCAUUGGUAAUAAGAUUAUGUUUAGCGUGUCUGGGUUAUAUCAGGGUCUGGGAUCUCUGUAUUUGUAUGCAUGGCCAUAGAAGACAGGAGGACGGCAUUUGAAACCGAAUCCGAUUUCAACCUUAAACAAUGAAAGAGCUUACACUGAAGACACAUUAUGAGAUUCAGAGGCAUAUAAAGUCUACAGCCUCAGAAUAAUCAAAAUCUUUAAAAUUUUACUUGACUGAUAACUCUGUACUAAUUGAGUAUCUCUCUAGUUAAUUGAAAACACAUUCUCAUGCAAAAUAUUGUUAUUAGGUUUAUAAUAUGGGGAGGUUUCUGUAUUUAAUCAUGUAUGAAUUUGUGUGUUCUGUACAUGUAAAGCCAAUGCAUUCAUAACACUUGUGCACAGUUAAAAAGUACUGUAAAUACACAGCAGUGGUUCUUAACGGGUUUUGCUUUAGGGCCCAGAUUUUAUAUUGGACAUCAAAUUAUGACCUAAAAAGUACAAAAAUCAUUCAUUGUACUAAAGUAAACACGUGUCAUAACCAUGACCUACAUAUGUCCAACAAUACGCAAAAUGCAUAUUAACACUACAUUGGAGAAAUAACUUAAGUCUAAAAUUGACUACAUAAUAAGAAUGGUUUUUGAAUGGCUCUUAAAUUUGAAUGGUUUCAUGAUCUCGGCAGCCAAUAAUUAAUUAGACAAAACGCAUAAUGGCCAGCACAAACCAUGUUUAUCCUCACUGCAUGUGAACCCAUAUUUAAUGUAGUCAGGCCGCAUUUUGUUUUUACUUUGCACAGGUUUUUUUCAUGAUUUUGGAGGAUGAGAGCAUGUCAUGCAAAAUGUCCCUGUUACUAAGAUUUGGCAAAAUUAUUUUUGCUGUCCCCCGUUGUACAUAUUGCGGCAGUCUCCUGGGAAAUUAACACUAGAUGCACUAAAACAACAAUGUCAUUAUUUUAUUGUAAAACGGCAGAUUAUCAGUUCAUAAACUCUUUACGACCUGUUCCUCACACAAUCUUAUGACAUCUAAACACUUUUACUAUAGUGCAUUACUUGUCAGGCGAUAGAUUAAUUUAAAAACAAAUUUUAUUACAUAACCAACAACAUGUACAAGCUUGUUUGAGUGUAUAAAAUUGUGUGGUAGCACAAUUGAUAGAGCCUGCGACUUCAGAGUCCUGAAGAGCAUGCGACUUGACAUGUGAGCUGAAAGUGUCAUAGAAUCACCAAAAAAUGACGUGGUUGCUUUAGAAAUGUCAUUUUUCAUCUCUCAUUUGCUUUAUUGACACUAUUGGUUAGGUUUAGGUUUAAAGUUUAGGGUCGGAAGGCAGGUUUUUUUUCGAUUUCAACUCGAGCAUUAACCUUUAAAACCUCAUUCAUUUGGGAGAACAUUUAACACGCUUUUAACAUCACUAAGUAGACAUUUCACUUCGGAACUGUCAUGAUAUACCACAUAAAAGGAACCAUGUAAUAUCAUUUUGCAAAAAUGUCCCCACCAUUACAGAAUUCUCAAUAAAUCAAGCUGUUUAUUUUUUGCUCUACCAAGCAAAUUUCAUUCAAAAUAUAUUAGAGUUUAAUUGGAGACAUGGCCUUUGAUGUCAAUAGCAAAACUUGUAGGAAGCGUUUUUUUCCUCCCUUUUAAAAGUUGCUUAUCCUGUUUAUAUUGCUAUAAGAUUAUAUGGUCAGUUGGAUUUUAUUAUUUGCAUUUAGCAUUUUUUUUCCCUGUUGUCCGAACAGAGCUAUGACAUGAGAGACCACCAGCUGAGAACCACUGCUUUACUGUAUUUGUCAACUGUGCAAUAGUUUUCCCUAUUCUUCUAUAAAGUCCUCUAACAGUGUGGAUUUACACUGUAAAAUAUGAUAGUAAAAUAAGGGAGAUGUAUAAUAUUUGACUUUUCUAUGACCAACGGUGAUUUUUAAGAUGUUAUCUAUGUCAAAGGCAAGGGAGACACAGGAUCAUCUUUUUCCUGUAACAUUUUGAUCUGUAUAGUGCAGAUAUUGCAGAUAUGACAGUUUCAACCAGAAACACUUUGUCUUAUUCAAGAACACUUACUUUGGACAAAAUAUAUUAUCUCUAACUCAAGGAUUGAUAGACCUUAAAUUUGUCCUUGAAUGUAUUUUCAUAAUCCACCAUAGUGGAAAAAAAUCUAAAUGACAUGAAACAGAAUGAACGGUUGGCAGCAUUUUGAGUGCUGAUGUGCAUACGGGCUACAUAUGGUCAAAAAAGGACAGGAUAAUGUUUGUCCGUCCAGUGUUUGCACCAGAAGUCUGUUUCUCUGUAAAGAGGACACUGCGAGACAGUUUGCUGUAACUGUCUGACUUUGAAAACAGAAGUAGGCCACAUAAAUAAUCUCACUUUGAAGUUACAGCAUGAAGCUUCCUGCAGAGAGGAUGUUAACUGUACACUGUGGAAAAUCCUACUGUAUAAUAAUUAUGAAUGAACAAAUACUGAUGACACUGUCUGAAAUGUGUAUAAAAUGACACAUACACCAUUUUGUCUAACAUUGUCUUCAUCUUUAAGAAAUGUACUGUCUUACCGUAAAUGAGAGACAGCAUACAGUAAUAAUGCAAUGUUUACAAAGUGGAAUGAAAAUGCUAAAGCCCUUGUUUGAGUGCUAAGAUAGUGAUUGAUGAUUCUCAGGAUGCUUAAGAGUACUGUAGAUUUGUAACACCUCCAAUUUUUGAAUAUGUUUGUGUGUUUGUUAUGUGCAUGACCCAUUGGUAUGUUUGUAUGUGACACCAUGGUUUCUUAUGUGCUAAAUUGGCUUGUUACCCUGAAUUUCGACUGAGGCUGUAGAUUAUGUUUCUUUUAUACAAAUUACACAAACCAGUUGAAGACAUAGUCCUUGUGCACAAGCAUGCUGUACAUCUAACUAACAUAAAAGGAUUAAUCAUUUAUUCAUGUUUUGAUUCAACAGUUUAGCUAGGGCACAUCAGACUGAGUCAUAAUUUGCUAUCACAUUGUAGAGCCCUAAGAUUCAUAGUUUUAACUGUCAUAUUGUCAGCUAUGUAAAGUGUUUUAAUGAAUGUUGUAUAAGACUUGUCAAUUGAAGUGAAGUACAUUUUGGAAUGUUUUUUUCUUUCUUUCUGUCACAUCUCACUAGACUGUAUCUUGGAGUGGUCAAAAUUCUGGUAAUAAAGUAAUUGCUUUAUGCAAAGUUGUGACAAGA